UGGAAGAUUUUUGAUGGAAAUUCACAAAACAAAAGCAGCUUCCGAGAUUUAAACUAUACUUGCACCUGUCUUAUUAGUGAGUGUGAAAGUGCGGGGGCGGGAAACACUCACAGCAGCAGGAGCAGGUUGAUAUGGGCCCUGGCAUCCAGUAAAUACUAGGACGCAUCACAUCACAGCACAACCAAAAAUCGGUUGACCAAGUCGUCGUCGUGUAAUACCGUUAUGCCCGGGCUCAGGCGCACCUGCGCAGCCGCCCCCCGUCCGUGUGUGGAAACAAAGUGGAUCGCCAGGAAUCGAUAACCAGAGAGAGGAGAGCUGAAGCUGAGGCCAAAGCCGAAUCCGAAUCCGAGGCCACAAGGAUCUAUCUAUAAUCGAUAUAGCAAAAAUAAAACAAAAAAAACUGCCAUACACCACGCGCUACUCUACCCGCUCUCUCUCUCUCUCUCUCUACCUCUGCCUCUGCCUCGGCCGUUCACCAUGUAUUCGGCGGUCCGCACCCACGACUACGACUAUCCCGAAUCGGAGAUGGACGAGCGCGAGAGCCUGUACUUUGACACCAUUUCGCUGGCGGAUUCCGAGGCGGCGGCUGCCGCAGCCGCCCACCGCAAAUCGCUGUCACAGUCGCGGAACACAAUCUACCAUUCGGCCGUGGAUCUGGCCAAUGAUGAGACACGCAACAGCCUGCGGCUGGGUAGUGGCGCCGCUGCCGAGCAUGCGGCUUUGGCGUGGCAGCCCGGCUAUCGGCAGUCGACGGCACUGGAGCACCUGAACGGUGGAGGCGAUCAAACGGAUGCAGCGAUUGCCGCACAAAUGCUGGCCCUGCACAACGGACGGAAUCAUUUGCCCACGGGGAUUGGUGUUGGCGGCCAUACAGGAGCUGGAGCAGGAGGUGGUGACGAUGAGACCUACAGACGCUUUGAUGAUGGCAAACGGAGCGUGGACUUUGUGCUGGCCUACAAUGGCGAGGAUCAGGUGGAGGAUCAUCGCCGGAAGCGGGAGAUCUUCGAGGCGAAUCUGCAGAGGGAGGGCUUGCAGCUGGAGCACAACAAAGUUCAGCGCGUGCACUUUAUCAAGAUCCAUGCCCCCUUCGAGGUGCUCUAUCGCUAUGCGGAGAUACUGAAGAUCAAGGUGCCACUGAAGCCAAUACCGGGCCAGGAUCAGAUCUUCGAUGAGGCGGCGCCCGCCUUCAAGUCUUGCUUCACCCGCAUGUGCCGCAGCCUCUUCAGUUCCGUGCAGCUGAACACGGAACUCUUUCCCGAACGAGAGCCGCGCAUCCACCUGGAGUUCUCACGCAACUAUCUGGAGCUGUACGACACAGAGCAUCCAAACUUCUUCGAUGACAGCACUCGGUACUCCAUCAUCAACUUUAUACUGCAGCGACAGCACUUUCUCGAAGGCGAGGAAACAGUCGACAAUCUGGGCGUCGAGAAGCUCGUUCAAGAUGGCAUCUAUACAUGCGCCUACACCCUCCACGAUAAAGCGGACAGGGAUCGUCUGCUCAAGGAGUGGGCCAACAUCAGCAAGUGGAAGAACCUCCAGCCACUCGACCAAAUCAAAGACUACUUCGGUGCUAAGGUGGCAUUGUACUUUGCCUGGCUGGGAUUCUACACUCAAAUGUUGAUACCCAUAAGCAUAUUCGGUUUGCUCUGCUUCCUAUACGGCUUUGUUACGUGGAGCAGUGAUCCGAUCAGUCGUGAUAUUUGCGAGGAUAGCGGAACGAUCAUGUGUCCGCAGUGCGAUCGCAGCUGCGACUAUUGGCGCCUGAACGAGACGUGCACGUCUUCCAAGUUUAAUUAUCUGAUAGACAACAAUAUGACGGUGGUGUUUGCCCUAGCCAUGGCCAUAUGGUCGGUGACAUAUUUGGAGUUCUGGAAACGCUAUUCGGCGGGACUGGUGCAUCGCUGGGGCCUGACUGGCUUCACACAUCAUGUGGAACAUCCGCGUUCCCAGUAUCUGGCAAAGAUAUCGCGCUCGAAGCGGCUGGCUGGCAAUACCCAGGGCACUGGCAUACUGGAUCCGGAUGUGCCCUUCUGGAGCAUCAAGUUCCUGCCCAACUUUACCAGCUACAGCAUCAUGGUGUUGUUUAUUUGCAUAUCAGUGAUUGCCAUUGCGGGCAUCAUCAUCUAUAGAAUGGCGCAGCGUGCCUCACACAGCAUCUUGGGCAGCGAGAACUCGAUGACCUUUAAAGUGAUGAUCCUGCCCAUGACGGCGGGCAUCAUCGAUCUGAUUGUCAUCUCGCUGCUGGACCUGGUCUACUCCAAGCUAGCCGUGCAUCUGACCAACUACGAGUACUGCCGCACCCAAACGGAGUACGACGAGAGCCUCACCAUUAAGAACUAUGUGUUCCAGUUCGUCAACUACUAUUCCUCGCUCUUCUACAUAGCCUUCCUCAAGGGCAAGUUUGUUGGCUAUCCGGCCAAAUACAAUCGGGUGCUGGGCUUCCGCCAGGAGGAGUGCAAUCCGGGCGGCUGUCUCAUGGAGCUCUGCAUGCAGCUGGUGAUAAUUAUGGCCGGCAAGCAGGCAGUGAACGCCAUUGUCGAGAUGCUCAUUCCCUAUCUGAAGCGCACCAUCAAGGAGAUGAUUUAUCGUCAUGGCUGGUACAAGAGCCACAAGGAGCAGCGACUGGUGCCCUACAAUCAGUUUACCGAGGACUACAAUCUACUGCCCGCCGAGAAUAAUUCGCUUUAUGUGGAGUACCUGGAAAUGGUCGUGCAAUUCGGCUUUAUCACAUUAUUCAGCCUGGCCUUUCCGCUGGCACCGCUGCUGGCGCUGCUCAACAAUGUGAUCGAAGUGCGUUUGGAUGCCAUCAAGAUGCUGCGCUUCCUGCGCCGACCAGUGGGCAUGCGAGCCAGGGACAUUGGCGUGUGGCACAACAUCAUGACUGUAGUCACACGCAUAGCCGUGGCCUCUAGCGCCAUGAUAAUUGCAUUUAGCACGAACCUCAUACCGAAAAUCGUGUACGCAGCCUCAACGGGCGACCGGGAGCUCAACGGGUAUCUAAACUUUACGCUGGCGUACUUCAACACCAAGGACUUUCAGCUGCAGCCACUGCUCGGGGGCAGUCAGUUUGUGAAUGAGACGGAGUGUCGCUACACAGAGUUCCGGAAUGCGCCCACGGACGAUCAUCCGUACAAGCGGCCCAUGAUCUACUGGAAAAUACUCACGGGUCGUCUGGCCUUCAUAGUCAUCUAUCAGAACAUCAUCAAUAUGCUGCAGGGCGUGCUGCGCUGGGCCGUGCCCGAUGUCUCUGGUCGACUGCUGAAGCGGAUCAAGCGCGAGAAUUUCCUGCUGCGCGAACACAUCAUUGAGUACGAGAAACAGCAUGCCAUGCUGCAGGCCCAGACAGCAGUCCACAUCCAGCAGACCAAGAGCCAGGAGUCAUCGGGGAUGCGCCAGCGCCAUGGUGCUGGUGAUGAGGAUGCCACCUCCUUUGUUUAACAGCCUGGGCCGUCUGCUUGCCUGCCUGCCUUUAUACAUAUAUAUUUUUGUAUAUCCAUAAGUUCAUUCCAUAAGUUUCUUUUAUUUCAUGUAUUGUAUAUACACGCUGACACACGUCCAGCAGUUGUUGUUGUGCUUUGUACUUAAGAUGAUUUUUAUAAUGCGUGUUUUUUGCAUCGAAAGUGCUCAACGAAACGGAGAGUCAAGCAAUUUGCAUUUUUAUAUAGGGUAUACCAUACCAUACACUUGAUAUACAUUAUUGUUGAAUGGUUUGUUCAGAUAUAGUUAAUUUAUGUAUUUUGUACGAGAGAAUCAUCUUUGCUUUUGCCAGCGCCAGCAGCACACAGAAAUUAUACAGAUAUACAUAAUAGAUAG